AAACGUGGGGGUAUUAAUUAAUGAAUGGGAAUGGGGAUGUUCCACAUACAGUACAUAUUUCUCUGAAUAAAAUUUUCCCUCUGCUACGAAAUUUGUGUCAUCGAAAUCGAAAGCAAAUGGAUCUUUCGAAGAAGAAAUGGGCUUCGAUAAUCUCCGUUAUCGCUUCUUCUCUGUUUUCGUUCCUCAUCGUCUUCCAGAUUCCUCUUUUCAGAGUAGCGUGCAGGAACAAGAGUUGUGAAACACCAUUAGAGGUCGUAUCCUCUGAGUUGAUUGCUAGUGAAUUGAUUCCUUCUUCUCUUGUCAAGACUCUCCUUUUUCCUGGUGCCAUUGCCAAGUCUCUUUUUGCUGGCUCCAAAAUCCCCAGCUUCGACCAGUUGCUCCAGUUUUACAGUUUCGAGGACAUGUACCGAACCGAUAUUCAUCAUCUUGAGGUGUUUGCUGGCAGUUGUUUAUGUCUACUUGGCGCUUUACUCAACCUGUUCAAACCCACAAGAAUAACCUUCAUUGGAACGCUUUUGAUAUCUUGGGGUCUUAUCAGAGACAUUCUUCUGCUCGACUCCGCUCACGAUUGGAUAAGCCCCCAUAGAAACUCUGUUCGUGUCUACCCAACCCUCUUUCUCGCUUCACUUUCUGCAUUUCUCUCCAUGCGAAGCGACGUCAGGAAGAUCAUCAGAUGUUGUACAUCUAUGCCCCUUUCCAAAUCCUCUAAAGGAGACUAGGCUUCUGCUUCACUAACUUCUUAGAUUCCAUGACGUAGAAGAACUCACUUUUCCUCUAGCCAACACAGAAACUGUUAUUUUCUGAGACAAAAAGCUGCUGUAACUUUACCAUCAAAUUUUCAUCAUGAAUAUGCAAUCAAGGUUCACUUUUUCUUUUC